UGAUCAAAGUUGGUCCUCAGUUGAGUUGGUCAUUUUGCCAUUAUCAUGCACUUUGGAACUCGAAUGUUCAGAGCCAAGCCUGCAGAACCAAUCAGACUUUAAUAUCUGAUCGUAUUGAACUGGACUGAAUGUUGCUCUGAAUUGCUCCGAGUCGUUGAUGGGUCUCCACAGUAUCAUAAGGCGGUUAUAAAUGCCAAGUACAGGAGUUCCAUUGAUAACCGCCUUCAUGUUAUCUACAGUUCUCUAUUGGACAGGCAUGGAGGAGGGAGGCGUGGUACAGAAGAGAAGGACUUUAUAUGAGGCUGUAUCUGGUUUCGGUGAAAACCUGCAGAUUUCCUGUCUAGGCCUGAGCUGCAGAGUAUUCAACAAACAAGGUGGUGAAUACAUGUCUGUAAAAUGUGUUUGUGCCUCAGUAUAUUUUUUCAUGAAUAGUGAGGCAGUGUUGUUGGAUUUAAAUCAACUAUCUUUUUCCUUCUGAAGGACGUGAAGACCUGUAAAGGUAAAAUGUCCAGAGUAAAGAAUGACUUUAAACUUACCACCGCUGAAGACAGCGAGAGGGUCGGUCCUGGUCAUGAUGUCACCCUCCACUGUCACCUCUCCCCCAAAACCAGUGCGGUUGUCAUGACGAUCAGGUGGUUUAAGGGGACAGAGUGCAUUUACAUGUAUAAGAAUGGCCAGGUGACAGAGAGCGUUUGCUACGAGGGCAGAGUCAGUCUGAUCAUGCCGGAGCUGGAGGGAGGCAACGUGUCCCUGAGGCUGAGAGACUUCAGGAGGUCAGACGUGGGACGGUACAGAUGUCAGGUCGUCCAUGGAGAACAGAAGGAGGAGGCUGCCGUGGGUUUAGAGGUUGCUAGUGGAUCACGAUUGGACUUUGGUGAGUGAUUAGUCAUUUGGCUGCUUUGUUUAUUGACAACCAAUAAGACAAAACCGAUAGUAGACCAGAGUGUUUCAAUCUGAUACCAUCCAGAACUAGUGGCCUUGUAAACAGCAGACACUCUACACUUAUCAGCACUCUUCCCAAUUGUUCCCUUUAUCUCGUAUAUCUCGGUAAAUUGUCCUGCAUUUACUUAAACCUUGCCUCCUCCAACACAAUCUCUGCCUUAGAACUCAGCGUUAAACACUUCAAAAUGAAUAGAGAAUCAGCGUGAAUUUAGCUUGAUGUCCGAGGGCUUACGUCCCUUUCCCUUGAUGCAAAUUAGUAGUGAAUUUGAUGAACAGUCAUUCCAAUUGUAAGCAAUGGUAUUUGAUCAAAUGAUGUAAUACAUCAGAAAUGGAAUUUAACGAGUGUAACAAUGAUAACUAAUAGCCUGCAUUCUGUUUUACAUGAUCAUGAUUCGUGGAUCUCCAUCUUGGAUAACGGGAACGAUUAGCGAGGCUAUAUGGAGCGGCUUUGGGAAAGGUCUCUGAAGUGGCCCAGCCAGAGCCCGGACUUAAACCCGAUUCAACAUCUCUGCAGGGACCUGAAAAUAGCUGUGCCACGACGCUCCCCAUCCAACCUGACAGAGCUUGAGAGGAUCUGCAGAGAAGAAGGGGAGAAACUCCCAAAAUAGCGGUGUUGCCAAAAGCUUGUAGCGUCAGACCCGGGAAAACUCCAGGCUGUAAUCGCUGCCAAACGGGGCUUCAACAAAGUGCUGAGUAAAGGGCUGAAUACUCAUGUAAAUGUGAUACUUCCGUUAUUUAUUUUAAUACAUUUGCUAAAAAUUCAAACAACCUGUUUUUGCUUUGUCGUUAUGGGGUAUUGUGUGUAGAUUGAAUACAUUUUAGAAUAAGGCUGUAAUGUAACAGCAUUUUGAAAAAGUCAAGGGGUCUAAGUACUUUCUGAAUGGACUGUAACCCAGCGAGUCAGAGAGGAAGAGAGACUACUGGAGGACACUACCAGAGAGGUGGAGAAGAGGAAGAGAGACUACUGGAGGACACUACCAGAGAGGUGGAGAAGAGGAAGAGAGUCUACUGGAGGACACUACCAGAGAGGUGGAGAAGAGGAAGAGAGUCUACUGGAGGACACUACCAGAGAGGUGGAGAAGAGGAAGAGAGACUACUGGAGGACACUACCAGAGAGGUGGAGAAGAGGAAGAGAGACUACUGGAGGACACUACCAGAGAGGUGGAGAAGAGGAAGAGAGACUACUGGAGGACACUACCAGAGAGGUGGAGAAGAGGAAGAGAGACUACUGGAGGACACUACCAGAGAGGUGGAGAAGAGGAAGAGAGACUACUGGAGGACACUACCAGAGAGGUGGAGAAGAGGAAGAGAGACGUCUGGAGGACACUACCAGAGAGGUGGAGAAGAGGAAGAGAGACGUCUGGAGGACACUACCAGAGAGGUGGAGAAGAGGAAGAGAGACUACUGGAGGACACUACCAGAGAGGUGGAGAAGAGGAAGAGAGACUACUGGAGGACACUACCAGAGAGGUGGAGAAGAGGAAGAGAGACUACUGGAGGACACUACCAGAGAGGUGGAGAAGAGGAAGAGAGACUACUGGAGGACACUACCAGAGAGGUGGAGAAGAGGAAGAGAGACUACUGGAGGACACUACCAGAGAGGUGGAGAAGAGGAAGAGAGACUACUGGAGGACACUACCAGAGAGGUGGAGAAGAGGAAGAGAGACUACUGGAGGACACUACCAGAGAGGUGGAGAAGAGGAAGAGAGACUACUGGAGGACACUACCAGAGAGGUGAAGAAGAGGAAGAGAGACUACUGGAGGACACUACCAGAGAGGUGGAGAAGAGGAAGAGAGACUACUGGAGGACACUACCAGAGAGGUGGAGAAGAGGAAGAGAGACUACUGGAGGACACUACCAGAGAGGUGGAGAAGAGGAAGAGAGACUACUGGAGGACACUACCAGAGAGGUGGAGAAGAGGAAGAGAGACUACUGGAGGACACUACCAGAGAGGUGGAGAAGAGGAAGAGAGACUACUGGAGGACACUACCAGAGAGGUGGAGAAGAGGAAGAGACAAGUGGAUGGGAAAGGACCUGUGGGACUCAAACAGCCAAGUAGAGAACUGCAGCGUCAUUCCCCCCCUAAAACAAAAAAAGCACAAGAAAGGAUUUCUGACAACCACCAUCUCAGAUUGUUCUAAAAAUCCUUUCUGUAGAAACACAUGAGAUGAGCAUUUCUGAAAAAUCAUUUGGUUGAAACAUAAUUUGAUCUCUGACCCCCAUUUGGCCAUUUGUAUUUAAAGUGUUCAUAUUACCUUCAAUAAAUACUGUACUAACCUA